AUGACCGAGAAACCUGAUUGCAACGGUGUUGACCGUGUCAUGUCUGAAGGUUCAAAUAUGGAAAUCGAACAUGAAAUGGUAAACCAUGUUGCUUUCAUCACUACCACAGUAGACUGCAAGAUUCAAGAAGAGUUGGAUUCAGAUGAAAUUGGUGAACCAAAAUCCUCUGAAGACUAUCAAGGGUUAUUUAACCUCUGGACUCAGCUAAGCAAUGCGAAGAUCAAAUUAGCUCAAGAAAAAAGAAAUUCUCAUCUCUCUCAAGGAGAAACUGGAAUUGUGUGUUCCUCAACCCAUGCGUCCUGA